CUAUAUCUAGUCUCUCCCCCUCGAUGGAUCUUCUUCAAAAGUAUGGAGAUGAGCAAGAAGAUGAAUUAGAUGAACCAGAAGAUCAGGGCCAAAACCCCAGUACCACAGCAGUAGAAUCACCAGACUCAUCACCACCACGUCUCCUCCAGUCCAAAUCAUCAGCUCCUAAAGUUGAUGACACCACACUGGCUCUAACUGUUGCCCAAGCUCGCCAGACCCAAUCUAGACCUAUUGACCCUACCCAGCAUGUUGUCAGUUACAACCCCACCUACGAUCAGCUCUGGGCCCCAAUAUAUGGUCCAGCGCACCCCUAUGCUAAGGAUGGAAUUGCCCAAGGCAUGCGCAACCACAAGCUUGGUUUUGUUGAGGAUGCCUCCAUUGACUCCUUUGUUUUUGAUGAGCAAUACAACACUUUCCACAAGUAUGGCUAUGCUGCUGACCCCUCUGGUAAUAAUUAUAUAGGUGACCUGGAUGUUCUGCAGAAAAAUGAUGGUAUAUCAGUGUAUAACAUACCACAACAUGAGCAAAAGAAGCGAAAGUUGGAGAAGAAAAAGGAAUCAGAUGAGAAUGAUGAUAUGAGUGUUGAUGUAGAUCAUGAAGAGGUUGAUAAUCCUGCGACUGAUACUUGGCUGAUGAAGAACCGGAAGAGCCCUUGGGCAGGUAAGAAGGAGGAGGUGCAAACUGAGUUAACUGAAGAGCAAAAGAAAUAUGCAGAGGAGUAUGCAAAGAAGAAAGAAGAGAAAGGUAAUGCAGGUGAGAAAGGGGAGCCUGUGGUGGAUAAAACUACUUUUCAUGGCAAGGAAGAGAGGGACUAUCAGGGUCGGUCUUGGAUUGCACCUCCCAAAGAUGCUAAAGCAGCAAAUGAUCAUUGUUACAUACCAAAGAGGUUGGUGCACACUUGGAGUGGGCAUACAAAGGGUGUUUCUGCAAUUCGGUUCUUCCCCAAACAUGGGCAUUUGAUUCUCUCUGCUGGGAUGGAUACUAAGGUAAAGAUUUGGGAUGUGUUCAAUUCAGGUAAGUGUAUGAGGACUUAUAUGGGUCAUUCAAAGGCAGUUCGGGAUAUUUCAUUUUGUAAUGAUGGGACUAAAUUUUUGACUGCUGGGUAUGACAAGAAUAUUAAGUACUGGGAUACAGAAACUGGGCAGGUUAUACGGACUUUCUCAACGGGGAAAAUUCCAUAUGUAGUUAAGCUUAAUCCUGAUGAUGAUAAGCAAAACAUUUUGUUGGCUGGUAUGAGUGAUAAGAAGAUUGUUCAGUGGGAUAUGAAUACAAAAGAGAUAACACAAGAGUAUGAUCAACAUUUGGGGGCAGUGAAUACAAUUACUUUUGUAGACAAUAACAGGAGGUUUGUUACUUCAAGUGAUGACAAGUCUCUUCGUGUAUGGGAAUUCGGGAUUCCUGUGGUUAUAAAGUAUAUUAGUGAGCCUCACAUGCACUCUAUGCCAUCAAUUUCUCUUCACCCCAAUUCCAAUUGGCUUGCAGCACAGAGUUUGGACAACCAGAUUCUUAUUUAUAGCACUAGAGAGAGAUUCCAGCUGAAUAAGAAGAAGAGGUUUGCCGGGCACAUUGUCGCUGGGUAUGCAUGCCAAGUCAAUUUCUCACCGGAUGGACGGUUUGUCAUGUCAGGAGAUGGUGAGGGUAAGUGCUGGUUUUGGGACUGGAAGAGCUGUAAAGUUUUCAGAACCCUUAAAUGUCAUGAGGGAGUUUGCAUUGGGUGUGAGUGGCAUCCAUUGGAACAAAGUAAAGUGGCAACAUGUGGAUGGGAUGGCUUGAUUAAGUAUUGGGAUUAGUUUUAUUUAUCAGCUUGAGGUCUUGAUAUGCUGAUGUCAUUGGACGAAUCUGGCGAGACACAAUCUAGUUAGCUGGAGAACUGAGGAUCCAAAAUUUAUGCCGGAAAGUUGAAUGCAGUAUAGAGUUCCAGCUGAAAGAUAAAUGUGCUUAGUGAGAAUCAAGAAAUGUAUAACAUAUUUGCACAGUAAUGCUGGACAAACCAUUCUACUCUUGAGCUCAUUCAGUUGUUAUUCAGACGGUGAAAUUGUACUUUGUAUUAUAUUUCUUUUUGGACCGUAAUAGAUUACAUGAUUUUGAUAUCAA